AUUCCGCAAGUCUUAUGCUCGUUCCUUCUCUCUCUCUCUCUUUCUCUCGUUGUAGUCCUGCUUUUAUUCAGCCUAAUGAGCAUUAAGUGAAGAGUUUAUACACAACCCGUGGUGCGAUACUUCACAAAACAAAAACAAAAUAUUUUUACCAAUCGCAGAAACGCUGUGGCUGCGCUAAAUCGCGACGACUUACGUCAACCACGAUGCACAUCAACCAAUGUCGGCUCCUUGUCUCGCACACUCAGCGAGACGGAACGCGAAUGAGGAAGCGGGGGCGGAAGUAGCUCGCAGGGUCGGAUGAUUUAUGAACGUCUGCCGUGCUGCGGUGGCCUGCGUAUAUAUGUGGCGCGCGCGAGCGCGUGUGUGUGCGUGUUUAUGAUGUAAAAUCUGUACAUGUGUGUACGUGUGUGUGUAUACAUCACGAUACAACGGUGUGACACGAUGGCGAAGGUGAAAAUAUUGUUGGCGAGAAUCGCUACGCGCUGACAUACAACAAGCGACACGACAGAGCGGGGCGCAUUUUGUAGUUACCGUGGAUGAAUAUACACAGUGAAAGCGACAGACGACAAAUAGUGUGGCGAUCAUUAGCAGCGUUUAUUAGUGAAAAGAGGGAGAAGUUGCAUCGUGGCGCGCGCACAACAACGACGACGACAACGACGACGAAGACGACGAAAACGACGACGACGACGACGACGAUGACGACGACGACGACGACGACGACGACGACGUUUGUUGAACGUGUCCCGAUGCCCUGUCGCUGCAAAUGAUGCGACAGUAUGAUCAUUUUUGUUGACAAGUCGUCGAGUUCCACGAUCAGGUGCGCCUGGUAUUCACUUAUCGUAUCCUCAUCCGCGCGUUUACUCACGCUGCUCUCGUCAUCGCACCGUUUAUUCUGCGCUCUUUACGCAAUACGAUAAAUUCACACGGUCUUGCGAUUUUCGAGAUUGUUCGAGAGAAAGAGAAAGAGAGAGAGAGAGAGAGAAAGAGAGAAGUCGAUCAGCUGUUCUAUAAGUGUUUUCCUACACAUUCCUGCGCGAUAUCGAACAGAGUGGAGAUGUUCAUUUCCCGCUAAACGCUACGUCAACGCGCUAAGUGCAAGUGCGAAAAAAUCACACGCGGAAUAAAUAAGAAAAAAAAUGUACGAUUGAAUUGGGUUUUUAAAAGCUUUGACACGCACAUAGGGAACAUGUGCAGGAGGUAACGUCGAUUGCGAGGAUUAUGACGAACAGCGUAAAGAUACAUCGACGUGCGUGCGACUGCGAGAUACACCGUGUGAGUUCGUUAUGUACAUAUGAUUAUCCAGGUUCAUGCGUUCCCUUACUGUUAGCGGUGAACAGACAACGACGGGCGCGGAAGGGAGCUCUCCGUCGGAGGAAGAGCGGCGAACGCAGUCCCCGUCGUCUGUGACCGGCAGCGACGUCCAGGGAAUGCCUAGUCUACACUCGCUCGUCUUAAGACGAGCCCCGCUAAUGGACAUGGGAACCGCGACCAGUUCCAUGAAUUCGGCUGGCAAUCCUUCUGCUAAAGCCGGUCCGAAAAAAAUCGACAAGGCGAAGCUUAAUGGCCUUAGGUUGCCCUUGAUACGUAAAGAAUCCAGCGUGGUAAAUCUCUCAUUGACAGAGAGAACCGUACCAAGCAAAGAAGCGGACUCGCCCCUUCUACGACCGGAGAGUAGUGUGAGUUUGGAGGCGCGUGGUGGUAGUUGGAUGAGUCUGGGUCCUGGUGCGUUACGAAAGUGUGAGACCGCUGUAGGAUUGAGCACCUCAGCUCUUGAAGGAAGACCCAUCAAUCGCAGCAGAGUUUGCUCCCGCUGUUCCAGUUUGUUGUCUCUAGCAUCGAGCUCACGUUACAGCUUGGCUGCUGGUAAUUUUGUUCCUGCUAGUUCACAACAAACACGGAUAUUUUGUAAAUUGUGUCUUGUCGAUACUUCUCUCUCCAAAACAUUCAAGAUUGAGGGAUGUGGUUGUUCCUAUUGCAAAGAUUGCAUGCGUGCCUAUGUAGAAUUUGAAAUUGAGGAAGGUGCAUAUGAAAUUAGUUGUCCUGAUGCUCAGUGUGAUCACGGCGCUAUAUUGUCAUUGACCGAGAUAUCAAGCCUUGUUAGUCCAGAACUUAUGGAGAAGCAUUGUAAAUUUCGUUUGAAUACAGAUGUAGCAAUGGAUAAGAGACGCACAUGGUGUCCAAGAGCGGGUUGUGAAACAAUAUGUUCAAUAAACAGCAGCAGUGGAAGUGGCACCCCUUUGGGUCCUGUUCAUUGUCCCAAUUGUUCUAUAGAUUUCUGUUCAAUAUGUCGUGAGCCUUGGCAUAAUGGACCUUGUUCAGAUCGUCCGACUUCAGGGUUAAUUUUCAGUAGCGAUCACAUUAAAUUUUGUCCCAUGUGUUCUGUGCCGAUAGAGAAGGACGAAGGUUGUGCUCAAAUGAUGUGCAAGAGAUGUAAACAUGUAUUUUGCUGGUAUUGCUUAGCAUCCUUAGAUGACGACUUUCUAUUGCGACAUUACGACAAGGGACCAUGUAAGAAUAAAUUAGGCCAUUCACGUGCAUCAGUGAUAUGGCAUCGAACGCAAGUUAUUGGAAUCUUUGCUGGUUUUGGCCUACUUCUACUUGUCGCAUCACCCUUGCUAUUAUUAGCGGCACCUUGCAUCGUGUGCUGUAAAUGUCGCGUUUGCGGUUCGUCUAGACUCGAACAGGAGGAAAGCGAUGCGGCAACAUAAAACCUUCCAAACGAUUUUCUCGCUUUAUUAUUUCUGUCAACUAAAAUAAACACUUUUCCAAGACUUCUUUCUAUAUGGGAGUCUCAAAUAUUGGCAACUUAUAUAGAUAUACAUUGCAUUUUUGUGUUGUUAAGUUUAUGUUUUAUUUUUUUAAUACGUUAAUAAAGCAUA